ACUUGGUGUUUGUGUCAGUUUGCUUGUGUUUGUCUGUCAACAAACCAGACGCAACAAUUAGUGUUUUUAUUUAAAAAAAAACAAGUUAUUUAAUUAUUUAUCUUAAUGACUCCAAACUAUAAAUUUAAUGAAGGAGAAAGAGUCCUUUGCUUCCAUGGUCCAUUAAUAUACGAAGCAAAAUGUUUAAAAUCAACAGUAACUAAAGAGAAACAAAUUAAAUAUCUCAUUCAUUACGCGGGUUGGAAUAAAAAUUGGGAUGAAUGGGUGCCAGAAAGUCGUGUUCUUAAGUACAAUGAGGCAAAUGUUCAGAAACAAAAAGACGUACAAAGAGCCUAUGCUUCUCAACAAACGUCUCAAAAAGGAAAGAAAGUAACGGUCGCAUCUAAAACACAAAGUCGAAGUCGAGAGAAUGUUAAAGAAAAAGAUGCUGAAAGUAAUUCCUCAACUCCAAGUUUGCCAAAUGAAAAAAUUAAUAGUCGAUCGGCUAAAAAUAGCGGAUCUAUAACACCAACAUCUAAUGAUUCCUCAUCGGAUGUUCCAAGAAAAAAGAAAAGUCGUUUAGAUCCUUCGAUUGAAACAGAAGAACAAUUUUUGUCAAAGGUCGAAGUUAAAGUAAAACUUCCGGACGAAUUGAAACCUUGGUUGGUAGACGAUUGGGACGCGAUUAGUAGACAAAGGAAAUUAGCAAUUUUACCAGCUCGACACACUGUCGAUCAAAUUCUCGAUGAUUAUGUUAAAUUUAAAACUUCUAGCAAGACAAAUACUCCCAACAAGGAAGUAGCCGUUCUAGAAGUUACGAAAGGUCUGAAGGAAUAUUUCAAUGUAAUGUUAGGAACCCAAUUAUUAUACAGAUGGGAACGUCAACAAUACGGAGAAAUUAUGUCCGAAAAACCAAAUUCCACUCCGAGUCAAAUUUACGGUUCUUUUCAUUUACUGAGACUUUUUGUAAAACUUGGCAGUAUGUUAUCAUAUACGCCACUAGAUGAAAGAAGUAUUCAAUUACUUCUUCUUCACAUUCACGAUUUUCUGAGGUACAUGCACAAAAACAGUAGUUCGCUAUUUAGUCUUCAAGACUACGGCGCUGCUUGCCCGGAAUAUCAUCGUAAAUUUAAUUAACCGCCCGCAAACUGCUAAUAAUUAUUGUCCUUUUGUUUUAAAAAGACUAUAGUUCAAAUUCAAUGACAAUUUGUAUUUUUACAAUUUGACGAAAUAAUUUAUUGAUUACUAUUUAAAUACAAUAGUCUUCUGUAAAUCGUUACUUAUACUAUAAUUAGAAAUUUUAGGAAUAAAAAUAAUGCAAAAACCUUAAUUAACCUUCGUAGAGUAAUUAAAAAUCUUAGAAGUAUAAAAAUCCUAAAUUCUUCUACGUGGAAAUAAUUGUGAAUCUUAGUGUUAAAAUUUAUUCGCAAAUUAAUUUGAUCUAUUUAUUUCAACUAGUUAUUUAUUCAAAAAUUUCCACGACCCCAGACAACAAUUUUUAUUUUAGGAAAAUCAAUUUCUAGUUUAUUGUCUUAGUCUUUGAAUAUAAAAUGAACUUUAAUGUGAUUUUCAAAUUCAAUUAUGUGCCUUCUAAAUUGUAACGUGCGUUACAAAAGAAAUCUAAUUAUUUGAAAAUAAUUUUCCUUAAAUGUCUAAUUUAUUCUCAAUUUAUUCUUCGUUAUUAUUUAAUAAUUAGAUGUUAAAAAUUAGUUUCUAUUAAAAAAAAAAAAUAGAAAAUUGUAGUUAUUUUUAUUAUUACUAUUAUUAUUAAUUUUAAUAUAAUUUUGGUCAUUCAAACGAUUAAGACGAGUCAAAGUUCUAAUUUAUAAGUUCUACGCAAUACGUAAAUUGUAAAACUUUUAUAAAAAAAAGGACGAAAUUGCUAAAUAAAAUUAUUUGCAAAAUA